AUGAAGACAUCAAAGUUACCAGACGGCCACGGAAGUCUCUACAAAGAAGUGCGCUUCUCCCCGACCGAUACCCCUAUUCGUCGCACAAGAUCAGUUUCAGCCGCUAUUCCUACACUUCACGGUCAAGCCGCCCGGUCAGUCCAAGGGACCCCGUACGCUAUGGAUACCGCCUACAUCGACCAAUCGCGAGCGCUCCUCGAGAGCCAACGAGUACACUUUGAGGGUGAAAGAUCACUGUUCGCGCAGGAAAGACGGCUAUGGGACAAGGAACGGGCGCUGUUACGAUCGAAAAUCGCCGAAUUGGAAUCAUCACUCAAGGGCCAAGGAAGCAAAACAAAUAAAUUGGGACCGGAUGCCGCAAGGCUAAUGCUGGGCGCAUCGCACUUGAAUGGCAACGACUUCACAGCACAAGUGUGGGAGGGGUCAAGUCCAGGUAGUCGGCCAACAAGGGUAUUCCGCGAUCACUCUCCCGAGCAAAAUCACCUCUUGCCGAUCUCCGAAGGGAGUGGGAUGAGCCCGCCGUCCCUUGAUCGGGCCCUUUCACCCCAAUCGCGGGUCGAGACACUGAGUCAACCCGUGCCGAUCGAGAAGCUUGACAGCACGUUGGAUGGCAUCACGCUCAAAUCCACCGCGUUGCCACCUGGGGUCGUCGCUCGAGUGAUCACCCCGCCCUCGCCGUCGCCCCUGGUUACCUCCCCUGGGGGAACUGCCCCUUCAACGGCUGCAAGGCCCGGGAUGGAACAUCGAAACAGUCUCAAACUGAAGCUGUCAGAACUCGGCCGGCCCAAUGAGAAUUUACUCCGCGAUGCAGGUCACACCCCGAUGGCGAUCAUCGAGGUGGAUGAGAGCCGGCAAUCCACCAAGAAUGGGUCUCCCCUCGAGGGUCCUCUGGAGAACGAGGAAAGCCCUCUCGCGCCCGUGGCAACCAAUGUGCAUCAGCCUGCUGAGAACAAGAUAUCCUACUUUCCGGAAGUACCAGAGGAUCCCGCUCUCAAGGGGCCCCUUGGUCUCAUUAACGAGGAAGAACAUGACUCUAAUUUCUUGAGUGAAUUAGAUCAGAAACUCCUUGAUCAGGCAAAGAAUAUUCUAGGCAGCUCAGUUGAAUCGGCCGAUCCUAACGAGACCGACCCGGAACAGCCUAACCAAAACGAGAGCGAGCCUGAGAUCAAGUUUAAGAAAUCUACCAACUUUGGUACGGCAUUUGGAAUAUCGAAUGUCGGUCAGGUCUAA